UCUCCGUAUUAGUCUGUGGUCAAUCAGCCAGCUAUGGGGAUGCUGUCAAUUUCUAUAAAACCCAAUUUUUUGGGUUUAUUAAAGUUUUUAAAUAAUUUCAACUGGUUCAUUGUGUUCUUUAGCUUAAUCAAUCUAUCCGUAUGCAUCUAUGAAGAUCAAAUAGGAAAAUUCGACUGGCGUCAAUCAUAUGUUGGAAGAAUAAAAUUUGCACAGUUUGAUACGGUUUCUACCGCCAAAAGAAUUAUUGUUGCCACAGAAGAGAAUGUUUUAGCCGCUUUGAAUCUGAAGACAGGACAAGUUGUUUGGCGUCAUGUUUUCGAAAGUGCAUCUUCAGGGAAUAUUCAGCUCUUAUAUGUCACAGAGAAGGUUGUAACUGUCACAGGAUCUAACCCUUAUCUUGUUCGUGGAUGGGAGCCCUCUACUGGUGUGUUGCUGUGGGAAUGGUCUCUCACCCUGCAGGACAAUGACCAGGCUGACUUCUCCGAGUGGUUUGUCCAGAACAGCAUGUUGGUACACAUGUUGCCUGUGUUUGGCUCUCAUGUUGAAGUGUCAAUGUACAAUCUAAUGACAGGACAAAACAGAGGCUCCACAUCUAAACUACCAGCUGUUUGGACUAAUGAAGGAUGUAUUUUAUCAGCCCCAUACUACACCUGUAUAUCAGGAAAAGCCGGCAGUCAUCUGCUCAUAUCCCUGGAUGUUACAUCAAAUGCGAUACAAUUGAUAAGCAAACCUCUCUCUGAGUUUACCACAGAAGAAGGGGACAGUAGCCUGAGAGAACUGGAUGGCAACAGUGUACAACCUGGUUUUAUUCUUGGAGAUGAGAAAAUAGUGGUAAUAAAGGACAGUGAUUUUGAAUUAUUGAAUGUUAAUGUAAUGGAUCCGUCGGCAAGCGUAACCAUAACAACAGAUUCGGGUGGACAGCUCAUCAUACAGAUUUGGAAUGAUGAGGAUAAGGGUAUCUCUAUGGUAGGUCAUAGGACUACGGGCGAGGAAGUGCCAGAGAUCGGUGGUCCGGGCCCAGGGCUGUCGAUCCCCGCGCCGCAGCUGUCGGCGGCGUGGUGCGCGGCGCGGCCCUGCCGGCUGUUGCUUACUGCCGAGGACGAUGCUCUGCACUUACUACAUCACACUGGUCGCGUGUUGUGGACGCGGGAGGAGGCCUUAGCCAAUGUGGCGGCGGCAGAGUUCGUUGACCUGCCCGUCUCCGAACUUGACGCCGCCAUAGAGUCCGAGUUCGAGAAAGAAGGUUCGGUGUGGGGGGCGUUCUCGCGUCGACUGCAGAUGCAGUGGCAGCAACUGCAGACGUUCGUGCGCAGUCUGCAGUCGCUGUCGGCGCUGUCCGCGCUGCCGGGCCUGCAGGCGGGCGGGGAGGGGGACGCGGGGCAGGACUCCACGGAACUAGUGCGGGACUACUUUAACCUGCACAAGAUCAUCGUACUGGUCACAGACGUCGGCAAGGUACGUGCGACUCUCACCUGUCUCCAAUAUAUUGGGCGAUUUAAGUUUACCGUAGUUACUGUAUUUAUGAGUAGACUCCGUUAG